AUGGCUGCUGUAUUCAUUCCGCCGUCCCCCCAGACUUCUCUGAAUAUGUCGACUCGCCGCCCACUAGCCAAUGUACCGAAUGCCACCAAUUCACCCCAUCGAUCCGGUAUCAUUCCAGCCAAGCGUGUGAGAUCGACCCAAAUGGAGAUUCCUUAUGGCCAACCACCUCCAAAAAAACAAGUCAUGGAUGCGGCGGAGCAGGAUUCUCGGGCUUCUACCCGAGGCAAGUCGACUAUCCAGCAAGGCAUUGAGUCUAGUCUCUUUGCACAUCGUCAGAGCAAAAAUGGUGUGCCUACUGCCUUCGAGAAAAAGCUAUGGGCUGCCAGAGAGAAGGAUCGACAGUUACAAGCAAAAAGUAAGACUGAGAAAGCAUCUGCGGAAUCAAUGGAUACAAUUCGUCAAUGGCAACGUCAUUACCGCAAAGCCUUUCCCUCGUUCGUCUUUUACUGUGAUGCUCUACCAGAAGAUGUCCAUCGAAAGCUUUCUCGACAGAUCACCUCCCUUGGAGCUCGUGAGGAGAAAUUCUUCUCUCGGGUCGUCACCCAUGUCGUUACUUCUCGUCCCAUCCCGCCUGAGAUCAAAACUACCGCCCCGACCGAGGGGGAUGCCGAUGUCGCUAAUGGUGAUGCUCAUAUGCAAACAGUGAACCCUUCCUUGCUUGACAAACACGCUUCGUUGAAGAAUGGAGCCCCUCGAGACCAGGGAAGCAUGGAUGUCCUGCAGCGUGCUAGACAAAUGGGAAUGAAGAUAUGGGCAUUGGAGAAGCUACAGCGUAUGAUCUUUACAAUCAACGAUAACGAGCUUUCAUACCCCAAUGAGUCUACGUCUCGAAGCAAGACGAUCGGUGAUCGUGAUCCGCUGGCGUCAAUGGAGAUGACUUUUUUUAAGGGACCUUUCAUCUAUAUCCAUGAUAUGAAUGAAAAGACGAAACCAGUCAUGGUUCGCGACUACCCUCGCGUUGCUAAGCGGGAAGAAGGCAUUUGGCCGCAAUUUAGAAGUGCGCAACUGGGAAAGUGUCCUUUUAUUGAGGAACCUCCAAGCCGGAAGGAUUAUGAACGAGAACGCAUGCGUCAAGCUUACAAGGAGAAAAAGGCCCUGAAAAAUCGGACCGUCUCCCGGACAAACCCCGUCACGGCCGCUACAGCAAAAGUUGAAGUCAAAGCUGAGGAGACCAAGACUACACAGGCUGCACAGCCUCCCAUUCCAGCUGAACGGACAGUAAAGGCUCCAGCUGAGGAAAAUCGUGAACGCAAGAGCUCUGAGAGCUUCAUUCCUCCUCACUACCCACGUACAGGUCAAUUUUUCACAGGCCAGGAGCCUGCAGCAUCGGGUGUUCAAGCUUCUAAUGUGACAUCUGCCAUUCAGUCUCAGAUGAUCUCAUCCACUGCCGCCACCCCAGGUGCUAGAGCAGGUCUUAGCAAAGAGGUCCAUGGCCUAAAGAGAAAAGUUCUCGAGAAGGGCACUGCUAACUUUGCAGCUGGAUCGAUGGCUGCUCCUCAACGUCCUGCCGCUGAAUCUAUGAGCCGACCCUCCACAGGCAAUGGCCUUGAGCAAAAAAAUACAUCAAAGAAUGAUGAUAUGAUUUUUUAUGCCAAGAGGGGUCCUGUUGUCGUGGGCACCACGAAGCAACCCACCAAGCGACCACGAGAUGAACAAAAAGAAGGACAGAAGAAAAAGACUGAACGUCGCCGAGACCCAAAGCCAGGCUACUGCGAGAACUGUCGGGAUAAAUUCGAUGACUUCGAAGAGCACACCAUAACACGAAAACAUCGUCGGUUUGCCCAGAACCUUGCCAACUGGUACGAGCUCGAUACCUUGUUGUACGAGCUUCAACGACCAGUCAAGGAAUGA